AUGAAGUUCACGGCCCUCCCCCUCCUCGCUCCCCUCGCCCUCGCCUGCUCCGAAGGCGCCUUCACCGUCCUCUCUCUCCGCUCCGCCUCCCCAAUCCAAUACCUCCCUCUCACAGCCGCCGACACGUACUUCUACCUCGGCGGUACCACCUCCUCCGCCUGCCCGGAGGAGGUCGCCACCUACGAUGCCUGUCCCCCGGGGAACCAGACCGACUCCGCCCUCGUCCAGGAAAUCUACAUCGCCCCCACCGGCGCGCUAAUGUUCGUGGAAGCCCACUCGGACUACAUUAUCCCCGGCUCCUCCACGGCCACGUUCUGCUACACGGCCGGAGACCCAAUCGGAUCGUGGACGUAUUCCGGGGCCGGGGUGAGCGGGUUCGUGGCUUGUCCGGUGGAGGAUGGUGCCGGCCCUUACCAGGUGUUUGCAAAUAUGCCGAAUGCGACAGUGCCGCUGGGCAAUGUGGCGGAUUGUUUGGGGUUUGAUACUGCUGCUGUGGCGUAUACCGGGGGGAUUGCGGCUUGGCAGUAUGAUUAG